AACUCGGAAGUGACGCCCGUUGCUAGAGGCUUGUUGCGCAGCAUUCCCAAAGAGGAGGACAGAGAGAAAGGCAAAGUGGAACGAAAACAUCAAAUUAAUAACGGACUAUUGUAUUUUGGGACGUAGUCGCUGUCACUGACAAAACACUCGCGGUUGUUUGAACCAUGAAUCCCGUCUAUAGCCCUGCACCAACAGGGGUCCCAUAUGCCAACCAGAAAGGACUAGGAUAUCCGGCGAGUUUUCCUGUGGGAUAUGCUGCUGCACCCCCCUUCUCUCCCAAUAUGUACCCAGGAGCCAACCCUGCCUUCCCCACAGGCUACACUCCUGGGACACCGUUUAAGAUGUCCUGCUCCCCCACCACGGGGGCUGUCCCGCCUUACUCCUCAUCAGCCAACCCUUACCAAGCCGUAUACCCCGUGAGGAGCACCUACCCCCAGCAGAACCCCUACGCACAGCAGCAAGGCACUUACUACACGCAGCCCCUGUACGCGGCGCCGCCCCACGUCAUCCACCACACCACAGUGGUGCAGCCCAACGGCAUGCCCGCCGCCAUGUACGCCCCCGCCAUCGCCCCUCCCCCACCCCGCCACGCCAACGGCGUCGCCAUGGGCAUGGUCGCCGGAACCACUAUGGCCAUGUCGGCCGGUAUGUAUCAAGGGACCUUGUUAACGACUCACUCCCCCACUCCAGUGCCCCCCCACCCCGUCACGGUGCCCACGUACCGACCCCCCGGCACACCCACCUACAGCUACGUGCCCCCGCAGUGGUGAGCAGAUGGCAUGGUCAGAAGAUGGUAGAUAUGCAUUCACACAAGUCUAGUAUAUUUAACAGUUGGUGCUGACAUUGCACAGUGUUGUUUGACCAGUUCUUCCUCGAAGAAAAAAAAUAAGAAAAGAAUAAGAAAACGUCAAUUUUAAUCCGGCUAUCAGCAAAAACAAACAAGGGGUGGAAAGUGUUAAAAAAAAGACCACCACAAGAAAAAGGGAUGGAGUCAUGCCCCAUCCCCAACGCUCCCAUUACACCGCAUUACCCAGAAUCACCUGCUCCUCAAAGCUGCAUAUCUCAUCAGGUGACUAGCUCUCCAUGGAAACGUGUUUUGUGGACUUGUCUUGCCUUUUUUUUUUUUUUUUUUUAAACAUUUUUAAAACACUUAAAAAGUGGUGCAAAGGGAGUUUGGAAUUUUGUUUUAAUUUGGAUAUCCAUAUCGAGUUGAAUGCAUGUAUAUAUUGAAAAACUGAAUAUUAAUAAUAACAAUAAUAGUAUGAUGAUGAUGCUAGCUCAGUCUACCUGCCAUGAUGACGUGACAAGAUGCAACAUUAUGGAGAAGCAAACACAAAGUACAGUUAAGAUAAAGAGGACAGAAACAUAACUAUAGGGAGAAACGCUAACAUUUUAUCACAGAUGUGCAACACGUCUUGAGAAAACUACAAUGCAAAAUGCAGUGAAGUGUCAUUUGUUUGAGUCAUUUUUGGGAUGGGGGAUUGUGGGUGAUUGUUUUUAUUUUAUACUUUUGGGUGUGGGAGGGGAGGUUUUCAGUACAUUUUUGCCAGCAUGGUUUUAUAAUUUUGGUUGUAGCGUUGCCUUCAUCUGGCUUUGUCAGCCUGGGCUGAGGGCAGACGUCGGCGAGUCCCUCUGAGCUUGUGCCUCCAUUUUAGGUAACGUGCAAAACACUCCCAUUCCAAUAGCUCGCCACACCUUUAUAUUCCGUUUUCUUUUAUUAUUAUUAUUAUUAUUACUCGCAGAGUAUUUGGAACAAAGUAUAUGUGUGUUAAGUGUGCAUGUAUCCGUGCCAGUUUGACUGUAAGUUCUUUUUGUUGUGCAUCAGAAGAAGAAAAAAACAACAGUGGAUAGGCCUUGUGGAGUUAUUGGACUGGUGUGGUUUGGUGUGGCGUAUGUCUGUGUGAGAGAGAGAGAGUCUGUGUGUGUGUGUGUGUCCGUCCGUGCGCGUGCGUGCAUGUAUUUCAUGCCUUAGUCCCUGUGUCUUUGCAUUGGUUUGUGUUGUCGUCAUGUUUUUAGAGAGACAGAGUAAUCAUUGCAAACCUGAAACAUUUUUUUCUUAAUAGGAAAGUGAAAUUUUCCCGAUUUUUAAUUUGGUCGAUAACUUGACACUACUGAAACAUAACAUCAUUGGAUGUUGGAGACAGGAAGGCCAAAAUUGUUACAUUGUUUUUUUAUUGUUAUUGUUUUUAUUUCUACCACGGGUGACACCAUUGCUGACUGAUUUUCAUUGUCUUUUUACGUAUCCAUAUAGGUUGCCUAUUUCACCUCAAAGAAUGUUUUGUAAUGGUUUUGUUGUUUUGUUUUGUAUUUUCAAGAAAGACCAAAAAUAAAUACAAUUAUGACA